AUGGAAGAUAUAUUUCAGUGGUGCAGGGAAGGAAAUGCCUUACAAGUACGAGUUUGGUUGGAUGAUACUGAACAUGAUAUGAAUCAGGGUGAUGACCAUGGCUUCAGCCCUUUACACUGGGCCUGUAAAGAAGGUCACAUUAAGAUUGUUGAGAUGCUUAUUAGAAGAGGUGCUCGGAUUAAUGUUACAAACAUGGGGGAUGAUACACCAUUACAUCUAGCUGCUGCACAUGGACAUAGACCUAUUGUACAAUUGCUGUUACAAAACAGGGUGGAUGUAAAUUUCACAAAUGAACAUGGCAACUCUCCACUACAUUAUGCCUGUUUUUGGGGAUACAGCGCCAUUGCUGAAGACUUGGUGAUUGCUGGAGCAUUGGUCUCAUUGGCCAAUAAGGAUGGUGACACACCACUUGAUAAGACUAAGGGUCAACUUGUUCAGAGAUUACAUGAAUUGGCAGUUAAUCAAGGCCAGGAUUUAAAGAAGAUUCAGUUCAAGGACCAAUCCUGGUUGGGACUCAAGACUAGGAGCCGGGAUGCCACCCUCUCCCGACACAAGGGAAUUAAUAUAAACGAACUAGCCUUACAUACGCGUAUUGCUGUCACUCCCUCUGGUGAAACAUGGCGUGGUCGUUGGCAAAAGAAUGAUAUAGUUGCGAAGAUAAUCGCUGUAAGGGAAUGUACGCCCCGCGUGCAGCGAGACUUCAACGAAGAAUUCCCCAAACUUAGGAUAUUUUCUCACCCAAACAUAUUGCCUGUUGUGGGAUGCUGCGUCUCUCCUCCAUCUUUGGUAGUAAUAUCUCAAUACAUGUCAUGGGGCUCACUCUAUUCUCUUCUCCACGGUGGGGCUGGGGGUCGCGUAGUAGUAGACGCAGCCGCGGCCUUGCGUCUAGCGAGAGAUGUGGCCGCCGGGCUUGCCUAUCUCCACUCCUUGCAACGCGACCGAAUUCUGCCCACUUACCAUCUUAACAGCAAGCAUGUUAUGAUCGACGAAGACCUCACGGCCCGUAUAAACAUGGCGGACUCGAAAUUCUCGUUCCAAGAGAAGGGCCGCGUGUAUGCCCUGCCUGGAUGGCCCCCGAAACCCUGCAGAAGCCCAGCGCCAAGAGGAACUGGGAAGCCGCUGACAUGUGGAGUUUCGCUGUCUUACUGUGGGAGCUGGCUACGAGAGAGAUUCCAUUCGCCGAUCUGUCCCCAAUGGAGUAUCUGCAUGAAUGAAGAUCCCGGUAAGCGACCAUCGUUCGAAAUGAUCCUGCCAAUUUUGGAGAAAAUGAAACGUUAA